AUGUUGCCGAUGUCACAGCAAGAAGUUUUGGCGACGUUGCUGCUGUAUAGCUUCUUAGAGUGCGUUUUAGUACAAAGAAUGACAAUUUUCAGAACAAAACUUGCGAUGCAGCCGGCCGCCCCUAUCGCUCCAUCCCUUGGUAAUCUAUAAUUUAAUUAAAGUCAAUAUAUCUUGUUACUCACAAAAAAUAAAAAAUUUCUUUUUGUAAGAUUUUCCAAUUUCUUUCGUUUUAUAAUAAAUCAAAAACUCGAAAAAAUGAAACUUCGUGUUUGAUCACGAAACUUUUGUAAUAAGAGUUCUGAAUGAAGAAGCUCUCAAAAAUCUUCCCAAUAAUUUUGAACGAGAGCAAGUGAAUCAGACAUUCUCAUUCACAAAAUGAAGCUUGCGGCAAAUGUUUAAAAAUAAUUUUCAGACCAGACGAUGACAGUGGUUCAUAUGGCCCCUUCGGAUGCCGUUGCUUUCGGUGAUUUCGAAAAUCUUUUUUUUCCUACUUAUUUCUUCAGCAUUCGAAAGUGGACCUCGCUUGGCCGUUUUGGAGGUGGUAAGCCAGACUAAAAUACAGAUCAAGGAAUCCGGUCCUGAUGAAACGGCUAUAUGGGUGACCGGAAGCGAGGUUUGUUUUUCGAAGUUUCAGAAGUAAGCUCACGAAACUCUGCAGCUCUUGAAGAAUCAAAAAGUAUGAGCUGUUUGAACUGAUAAUUACCAAAAAUUUAUCGUCUAAAAAACUUUAUUCCAGAAGGCAAUCGAAGAGGCCAUGCUUAGCAUAAGAAAAUUUAUUCUGGAAGCAGAAAAAAGAAUAGUAAGAGCUAUUUUUUUGGUGAAAAAUAAUGCUUCUUUUUUUAUCAGAGAAAUGUUUCGUUGAACACAUCGUCUCGCAACCAGCCCAUCGAACCCGACGACCAUGAUUUGAAUCAGUGAGUUUUUUUAUUAUAAAGAAAAACUUUUAAAAAAACGAAAGUUGAAAUUAACUUUCGAAGAGCUUAGUCCAACAAAAAAAGGAUUACAUUAAUAGUUUUUGAAAUAAAGAAAAUCAAAACAGAGGCUUCUGUAAAAGUUCCAGAGAAAUUUCAAUCUAAUGGCAAAGGGAGUAUCUCUUUCUUUUUAUUGAUUUUUCACGUCUUGUUUGUUUCGCGUCGAAGGGAUAACCUUUAAUAUUCUUGUCUCAAUUAGGUCAAAGGUCAGUCAAGCGAUCAAUGGUGGUCUCUGGCUUGUUGAGAAAAGUGAAGUUGCGGCAGGGUAUUAUUUAUAAUCAUAAAGUAAUAUGCAGUUAUAAAACUUUACUCUCAACUUGCCUUACGAAGCUAUAAAGUUGAUGAAGUGUGUUUCAUAUGGAAAAAGCAUAUCUAAAGAACAGAGUGGAGCAGUAAACUUUUGUAACUUUUUUAUUAGGUUUGCAUGUUUUUUUUUGUAGAGACUCCAUCGGCCAUGACAUGUCGAUAUCUGCUUUUCAUGCACCAGAAAACGAGUCUCGCUGUGCCUCCUGCAAUGAAAGCACCAGCUUUGACCCUCAGCUCGCCCCGCCGAGCUAUCAGGCUGACUUUUGUUUCAACAACCCAAUACUCGCCUUAUCAUCUCAACCGUAAUAUUUCUUCUGGAAAUUAAAUCUAAAAAAACUUUAAAAAACAAGCUCAGAGUUUAUCAUUCUUAGGUUCAUUCAAAUACAAGGAUUCGAAGAGAGAAUUAAUUAGGAGUAUGAAAACUAGUCCAGUGGAAACAAUUUUGAAUCGGUCUUUUGAUAAAAUGUUUCAUGGCAGAGUAAAUAACCACAAAGAAAGCGCAAUUCUAACUUAGAAACCUAAUAAACGCUCAUUUUGAGUUUUUCAGUGCUUUUAAGUUAUCCUAUACGCCUUUUACUGAAGCAAAAACUGACAGAGUCUCUUUUGAGGCUCUUCAUUUGAGUGUUGGAAAAUUCUCAGAACAACAGGCGGAAUGCAAAGCUUCAUUAUGAAUAAUAUCCAGGAAAAAAUGUCAGAAAACACAAUAAGCAGAAGUUCGAAGCCUUCCACAACUUUAAUUUUUACUCUUACCCGAUUAUUAUUUCAGAGAAAUUCAAGGCCCUGGUCAACUACAUCAACAGGCUGUUGCUCCGCCUGGCCAAAUGCGAUAUGCACCGCCCCAAGGGAUGCAACAUGUCCAAGGGUAAAUUAAUAAAAUGAACACGACAAAAGAAAAUAUCUUAUUUAACACGCUGUCUCCGUUAUUCUCAAAAAAUUUCUAAAAGCAAUGGGUACAAUAAAAAAAAUAUUUUUUGAUUUCGACAAAACUUCAUCCAGUGUGAUAACCCAUCAUCAGAAAUGCGGACCCAACUUUUUGAGCCAUUUCCCUCUUACUGUAGCCGGGUUACGGUAGGCAGGUGGGCACCUGCGUAUCUCAGUAUUUAUGAGUUUUUUUAUUAGGCAAGUGAUAUAUCAAUCGAUAGGUAAUUCAAUUUUAGGAACUUUUACAGUACAUACCAUCAUGGGUUACGGUGGGAAAAUUUUGAGUUACGGUACUUUUUGUGUCUGCCGAGUCAGUUUUUCGACCGCCAUGAGCUUGAGCCGGGAGAUCCAUUUUUCCUAACUUCUCAAAAGAUACCUUAUGAGAAGCUGUACAAGCUGUUACUAGUUUGAAAAAAUCUUAGGUGGACCAUCAUUUCGAAAAAUCGCCCCGAAGGCGCGCAAUCGUGGUCUUGCGGCGGCCAAGUGGGUGAAGUCCAUGAUGCCUGACGGCUCAUUCUUCACAGAUCCAUUCCAAUCUUUGUUUCCAUUUUACUUAUACAUGUCUAUUAUUGAUUUUUAUUUCAAUUUGAGAUGUUUUUCGGGUUGACCAUCAUCUCGAAAUUUCAUUUUGAACCCAAAUUUGGCCUAAAAUGGCCGACUCGGCCUUUUUCACGGGAUCCCUGACCCCGUAUGUGACCGUUCUCAACUUUUUCCUUUCUUAAACGUGAACAAGAGUGUCUGAACAACAGUUUUAUAACAAUCGGAACCCCUUUUGAGAGGACCAUCAUCUCGAAAUUUCAUUUUGAACCCAAAUUUGGCCUAAAAUGGCCGACUCGGCCUUUUUCACGGGAUCCCUGACCCCGUAUGUGACCGUGGUGGUCGAAAAACUGACUCGGCAGACACAAAAAGUACCGUAACUCAAAAUUUUCCCACCGUAACCCAUGAUGGUAUGUACUGUAAAAGUUCCUAAAAUUGAAUUACCUAUCGGUUGAUAUAUCACUUGCCUAAUAAAAACUCAUAAAUACUGAGAUACGCAGGUGCCCACCUGCCUACCGUAACCCGGCUACAGUAAGAGGAAAUGGCUCAAAAAGUUGGGUCCGCAUUUCUGAUGAUGGGUUAUCACACUGGAUGAAGUUUUGUCAAAAUCAAAAAAUAUUUUUUUUAUUGUACCCGUUGUUUUUGAGAAUAACGGAGACAGCGUGUUAAACAUCAUGAUUAUUACGCCAGCAGAAUUGAUCAGAAAACACAAUAAGCAGAAGUUCGAAGCCUUCCACAGCUUUAAUUUUUACUUUGACCGGAUCUAUAUUUCAGUGGAUUUCAAGGACCCCUUGCACCGUAUCCACAUCCCGGUGUUCCUGGGCAGAUCCCCCCGUCGAUGCCUUUACCUACAAGGUAAAUGAACAAAUUAAACCCGACAAAAAGGAAAGAUCUCAUUUACUCGUCAUGAUCAAUAGACAAAAAGGGAUUAUCAAAAAGCACAUUAUUAAGAAACCAUAAUAAGCAAAAGUUCAAAGCAUUCUACAGCUUUAAUUUUUCUUUUUACCUGAUUACAAUUUCAGUGGCUUCCAAGCCCCGCGUCCACUCAAUCAACCCGCUUUCGCUGCAGCCCCGUCGUUUGGUCAGCGCGCACCGCCAUUGCCUCAAAUGCCGGGGUAAAUGAACAAAUUAAACACGACUUAAUCAAAGAUCUCAUUUAAACAUUAUGAUUGAUAUACCAGCAGAAUUUCCAGAAAGCACACUGAUAAGAAAACACAAUAAGCAGUUCGAAGCAUUCUAAAGCUUUAAUUCUUACUUUUACCAGUUAUUCUUUCAGAUUAAUCCAAGGCCCGCCUCAAGUUCAUCAUCAGGGUGUUGCCCCGACUGCCCAAAGUCAAUAUGCACCGCCUCAAGGGAUGCAAAUACCAGGGUAAAAGAAUAAAAUGAACACGACAAAAGGAAAGAUCUCAUCAGGCAAAAAGGGAUUAUCAAGAAGCACAUUAUUAAGAAACCAUAAUAAGCAAAAGUUCAAAGCAUUCUACAGCUUUAAUUUUUCUUUUUACCUGAUUAUAAUUUCAGUGGCUUCCAAGCCCCGCGUCCACUCAAUCAACCCGCUUUCGCUGCAGCCCCGUCGUUUGGUCAGCGCGCACCGCCAUUGCCUCAAAUGCCGGGGUAAAUGAACAAAUUAAACACGACUUAAUCAAAGAUCUCAUUUAAACAUUAUGAUUGAUAUACCAGCAGAAUUUCCAGAAAGCACACUGAUAAGAAAACACAAUAAGCAGUUCGAAGCAUUCUAAAGCUUUAAUUCUUACUUUUACCAGUUAUUCUUUCAGAGAAGUUCAAAACCCGGGUCAACUUCAUCAACAGGAUUUUGCUCUGCCGUUCCACGGGCAAUUCCCUCCGCCCCAAGGAAUGCCGCAAAUAUCAGGGUAAAUGAAUAAAAUGAACACGACAAAAGGAAAGAUUUUAUUUACUCAUCAUGAUCCAUAGGAAAAAAAAAUUAUCAAGAAACGCAUUAUUACGAAAACAUAAUAAGCAAAAGUUCAAUGCGUUCUACAGCUUUAAUUCUUAUAUAUAUACCCGAUUAUAAUUUCAGUGGCUUCCAAGCCCCGCGUCCUAUCAAUAAACAGAUUGUUGCUCCGCCUUUCCAUGGACAUUUUCCACUGCCACAAGCAAUGCCCCAAGCAGCAGGGUAAAUGAAUAAAAUGAUCACGACACAAUGAAAGAUCUCAUUUAAACAUAGGAGUUCGAAGCCUCUGACAACUUUAAUUUCUACUUUUUUUUAGAUUCUGAUUUCAGAGGUUUUCAAGUUCCACGUCCUCAGUAUCCGCCGUCUCUCGUUCCGCUUGUCCAAAGUAAUUAUGCACCGCCCCCAGCAACGCCUCAUGUUCAAAGGUGAUUGAAUAAAAGAAGACAGUAAAAUGAUAGGAUCUCAUUUACAAGCUUCAAAAAAAGUUUCAAUAAGAUUAUAUUUCUCCCAUGAAAGUUGUGAGCAAAACUACAUAUAUAUAUAUAUAGCCAUUUCUUCCAAUUCGAAAAUUCUAACCAGAUUAAACUUUUUUUUUUCGAGGUUUCUGGAACUUUUUUUUAAGCGCCGAUAUCCAACAUCAACAACUACCGCCAGGACCGCAACACGUCCAACAAGAAGCACAUCAUCAUUGCGAGUGGUAAAUUUUUCAUUUUUCAAUUUUUUUGCAGCUUCGAUCUAAACAAAAUAUUGGGAGAAACCCAGAACGAUUUUUCAAGGAGAAAAAAAAACUAAAAUUUCAACAAACUCCAACUUUUUUCAUGUGGAAAGAAUAACCAAUUCGUUUUUUUCGAGGUUUUGAAACUUUUUUUAAGCGGCGCCUAUAUUCAUCAGGAACAUGGGGAAAGACCACAACAACACGCCCGAGAGCACGAACAUCAUCAUUGCGAAUAGUGAAUUUUUCCAUUUUUUUCAAUGACAACUUCGAUCUAAAUAACAUAUUGGGAGAAUCCCUCAAAAAAACGACUUUUCAAGGAGAAAAAAACUGAAACAGUUUUUUUCCUAACUGAUUUCAUCAUUGCAGCUGCAGCGGACACACGUGCCAUUCAAAUCAUCAUCAAGCCCCUCAAACCCAUCAUGCGCACUGCGCUCAUCGGCCGCCAAAGGUUUUUUUAUAAGCUUUGACGGAAACUGUGAGAUGAAAAAUAAAACAAUUAAAAAAAUUAUUUUUUUCGAAAAAUGGAUGAACUUGUUUGAAAAAGUUUUUCUUGUGUUUUCUGCAACAUUCUCUUUUUGCAAGGUGUUUUUUUGAACUUUCUCUGCUGUUUAAUCAAAUAUUUAUCUCUUUAGAGAUCCAACAAACCUUAUAUUUCAGUCCACCAAUGAUUCCGCAAAACGACAGGUCUUUCAUUCAGCAAGCGGGUAACUUCCCACAUGAUCAUCCGGAGCCCACACAGCGAUUGUACGAUUUAUUUCUUACUUACGCUCCUUUUUCAAAACUGCUUUCUCAAUAUGUUCUCUAGUAAUGGAAAACCUUUUGAUACUCUGAUAACAACAAGGUUUCAUAAAACCUUAUCACAUUAUUCAUUUUCCUAAAAUUCCAAGACUAACCAACACACUGCAGCCUGGAUUGAAAGUAAAAGAAGAUAUAUUUAAGAAAGAAUAGGAAGAAAGAUUGGUGGAGCAAACUUUUGGAGCUUUGAGACUUUUAGGGGUUCUACAUUUUCACACAAGUUCAACGUUUCAGAGCUAAUGCAAAUCAAACGAUCCACGGAUAUCCCACAGCUCAUUAUCCUGCUUCUCCGAAAGAAAUGAACAGCCCGAGUCCCCAAGUGCCGCUUGGACAGCACCAAAUUUUCGAAAGACAACGCAUGAACAUUCCAAAUAUGAUGUAAGUAUCGCAUUUUGACCGUUUUUUUUUUGGAACAGUGAGGUCCUUUUAUUAGCUUCGACGAAAAUUUGGCCAAAAAUAUAAGAUGAAAAUUGAAAAUUAAAACUUAAGAGAUCCAACAGACCUUCCAUUUUCAGUCAACCGAGGAAUGUUGAGCGUUUUGAACCUUCACCUGGACAUUUCCGACAGGAUCUCCAACAACAUCCCCAGCAUUUGUACGAUUUGUUUCCUACUUACGCUUCUUCUUCUGAACUUCUUUCUAAAGUUGUUUUUUUGAUAAUGAAAGACCUUUUGAUACGCUGAUAACAACAAGGUUUCAUUAACCUUAUCACAUAUUUCCAAAAUUCCAAGACUAAUCAACACACUGUAGCCUGGAUUGAAAGUAAAAGGAGAUAUAUCUCAGAAAGAAUAGAAAGAAAAAUUGGAGCAAGUUUAUUUUGGUGCUCUGUGACUUUUUAGAGAUCCUACAUUCUCAUAAAUGUUCCACGUUUCAGGAAUACUGGUAACCAAUCUUUUCAUGGAUUUCCGACAGCCACGUUUGGAAACUACCAACACCCUCCCCAGCAACCUUCAUCGCGAGUAUACUAUAUACCAUCUAUGUACGUUUCUUCUUUUAAAAUUCUUUAUGAAAUCACUUUUUAGUAAUGGAAAACUUUUCGAUAAAAUAAUAACAACAUGGUUACAUAAAACCUUAUCACAUUAUUCAUUUUCCUAAAAUUCCAAGACUAACCAACACGCUGUAGCCUGGAUUGGAAGUAAAAAAAAGAUAUAUCCAAAAAAAGAACAAAAAGAAAAAUUGGAGCAGGGAGUUUUCGGAACUCUGGGACUUUUAAAGGUUCUUCAUUUUAUACAAGUUCAACGUUUCAGGAGCUCUGCGGCAAAUAAAUCGUUCAGCAGCUCUCCGGCGAUCGGUCCUUCUACUGGGUAUGAAAACUUUUACUUGUGAACUUGAAAAAAAAAUAUCAAAAGCCGCGAUUUUUUGGUUUUUUGAAACCGUUUCUUCUCACUUUUCGAUAUGUUUUGUUCUAAUUUUCAGCCGCAAUCCCGAUGUCUCAUAUGAGCCGACACGACCUUCCGCUUAUGAAACAUACAUGAUGCUUGAGAUGAAUUCAGCUGCAAAUCGCAAGUAAGCACCGCAGCUUUUUUUUUUUUAAAAAACGAGAAAUAUUUUUUUGAUGACAUUUUUUUCUGAGCAUUCUUCGAAAAAGAUUCUUCGCGCCAAAAAUAUUGAAGUCGAUAUGAUUUUAAAAAAAGCAACGUACUUAAAAUUUAAUUUAAUCAAGAUGCGUUUGAAAGCGAUUUAAUGAAAAGUCACCUUUGUAAGGCCGACAGGUAUUUUCUUUCAUUGAAGUCCCCUCAUCGAAAACCCCAUUUUUCACAUUUUUGAACCCUUUUUCAUCGAAAAACUAUAUAAUAAUUAUUUGCAAAAAUUAGAAAUAAAGAUGAGAAAAAAGGAAAAGCUAUUUUGAGAGAAAAAAUCCCUUUUUCAGCCUACUCUCGCAGUCCCUCAUGAAUCCAAAAUGGUCCGAUGCACAUCUAACGACCUCUCACAACUUCCAGAGAAAACCAAGGAAAAGAACUUCUUCUUUGAUCUAA